AUGCUCAUCUUAGUCCUCAUCCUCCUCGGCGCCCUAUUGUCAUGGGCUUUCAUCGCCGUCACCAUCCGCGCCGCAAAUCUGGGAUUGGGUUCGCACAUUAGUCAGGUCAUGGAACGCGGCACUGAGAACUUCGUCAUGUACCUUCAGACGGUGUGGUUGUCGUCCAUCUUCUACAACGCUUGUCUGGGCUUCGUCAAGGUCUCCGCUUUGGCGCUAUACAUGCGUCUUGGUGACAACACGCUGCGCAAACUGGCCGCUGCAAUGCUCGUCGUUGUGGGAUGCCAGGCCAGCGCGAACGUGCUCGUGUGCAUCUUCCAGUGCAGUCCCGUGCAGGCCGCGUACGACAUCACCAUCCUUGCCGCCGACAAGCAAUGCAUUGACAUCAAUGCUUUCUACCUUGCCAACGCCGCCGUCAACAUUCUCACCGAUCUCCUCACCUACACGCUUCCCAUCCCGCUGGUCAUCAAGCUGCAGGUGCCCAAGCAGCAGAAGAUUGGUUUGGGCGUGAUCCUAUGCCUCGGUCUCUUUGCCUGUAUCUCUUCUAUAAUCCGCAUUACCUUCAUUCCUGACAUGCUCGUUAACGAGGACGCUACCUGGGCCAUCACGCAGCCCAUGUACUGGUCUGUCAUCGAAACCAAUAUUGGCAUUCUCGCGGCCUCCAUCCCCAGCAUGAAGGUCAUCGCCAAGCGCUACGCCCCGCGUCUGCUGGGCACCUCAUCUAACGGCCACGGCAGCGCCAGCGGUCGACAAAGCGGUUUCCGCAUGAUGAGCGGCAGCAACAACAAAACAAGCAACAAAGUCGACAAGACCGGAACCGCUUUGCGCAGCCUGUCCAAGGGCGGCUUCGACACCAAGAUUGGCCGCGGCGACGCGGACAACAGCAGCGAAGAAGCCCUCAACUACCCACCAUCAGGCAAGAUCGGCGUGCACACCCACGUGAGCAUGCAAUACGACGAGGGAAGCGACGUGGGCGAGAACAAGCAGGCCUUUCAGGGGCGUGGCGGAUUCUAA